AUGAAUAAUGACACCGAAAGCAUAUCUUCCUCUUCCACCUCAUCAUCGUCUUCUUCUAGAGGUGCGUCUUAUUCUUCUACUGGUUCGUCAUCAUCAUCGAAAAGCUAUGAUUCAGAUAAUAGUGUUGAUAAAAGGAUGAAGGAGGAUAAGGGCGUGGAUGAUAUUAGAAUUGGUGGUGGUGAUGUUAGAACUCGCGACGAUAAAAAAAUUCCUGCCGCUGCUGCGGUUGAUAGAAGAAAAUAUUUUGAUGAUAUUGAUAAAAGAUUUGACGGUAGAGGUAGUGGAUAUGAUAGAAAAUAUGAUGGUGGUAGAAGAAUAGGUGAUAAAACAUACGAUGAUAAAAGUCACCAUGAUGAUAGAAGCGAUGAAUAUGAUAGAAGAUAUGAUGGUGAUAGAAGAAUGGGUGGUAAAACAUACGAUGAUAAAAGUCGUGAUGAUAGAAGUGGUAGAAGAUAUGAUGGUGAUAGAAGAACGGGUGAUAAAACAUACGAUGAUAAAAGUCGUGAUGAUAAAGAUGGUGCGUCUUAUUCUUCUACUGGUUCGUCAUCAUCAUCGAAAAGCUAUGAUUCAGAUAAUAGUGUUGAUAAAAGGAUGAAGGAGGAUAAGGGCGUGGAUGAUAUUAGAAUUGGUGGUGGUGAUGUUAGAACUCGCGACGAUAAAAAAAUUCCUGCCGCUGCUGCGGUUGAUAGAAGAAAAUAUUUUGAUGAUAUUGAUAAAAGAUUUGACGGUAGAGGUAGUGGAUAUGAUAGAAAAUAUGAUGGUGGUAGAAGAAUAG